CGAGCCAAUUUUUCCGGUGAGAGACUUAUUUCUUCGCGUCUGUUUUUUGAAGCUAUAUUGGUUGUCAGCUUUUGUCCAUUUCAAGUGAUGGGCAGGGAGAAAGUCCCUCACGAAUGCGGCACCCGUCUCGUCUGAACAGCCUCUCGACGGCGUUGUCACGGCCCGUGCUCCUGCGCACAGCCACGCUUUCAAUCUCACUAUGCUGUUUUAGCUGGAGCUCAUAUUCACCUUCUCACGUUUUCAGUAGAUUACCGCAUGGAAUUUCAAAUGGAUGCCGCAUUCCGUCGCAGUUUCUCUCGUCGGCAUGCAAGUGCGAUACCGCCCCGGCAGCAGCAUUGUAAACGAGGCUGGAAUUCAUUCCUUAAUUUCUCGCGAAGAAUCUCCUCUACGUCCACAUUGCUUCACAAUAGUCUUCGCAGCUCUUCGAGUUUGAUAUCGAAGAGAAAGGCUGCUAACAUUUUGGUAAAUGUUACGGCAUCCGGACGUGGCUUGGAAACGCUUGAGUUCAUACAAAGUGGCAAGCUCGGGGAGCAUCCCGACGAGGCAUCGCUACGAGAGGUUGUGGAUUUGGAAGUGAGUUGUCUCGCUGCAGCUGCUGCUCGAAUUCGUGAUAGGAGGGAGGACGGUAACAUCGUCACUUUCUCUCCCAAGGUUUUCAUUCCCCUCACACGAGUAUGUCGAGAUUUCUGUGGGUACUGCACUUUUGCUGCGUCUCCUCGACCCGGGCAGGCAGUCUAUAUGAGCGUCGAUGAGGUGCUGGAGGUGGCUCGUGCAGGUGUGGCAGCAGGUUGCACGGAGGCUCUGUUCACUUUGGGAGACAAGCCCGAGCUCCUCUACAGCCAAGCAAAGCAUGAAGUAAUCAUGCUUUCCCAUUUUUGCACAACUGAUAACCAAAGGCUCGAAGCUCUUGGUCACACGUCUACAGUAUCAUAUGCUGCUGAGGUUGCCAGGAUUGUGCUUCAAGAGACGGGUUUACUGCCGCACAUGAAUGUUGGAGUUAUGUCGAGAGAAGACGUGAUCCUUCUACGCCGUGUCUCUGUUAGUCAGGGACUGAUGCUGGAGUCGAUAUCUGAGAAGCUCUUAGAGCCAGGGGGUCCACAUUACAGAUGCCCUGAUAAACAUCCGUCCGCACGACUCUCUUCAAUUGCUGCAGCUGGAGAGGAAAAGGUGCCCUUCACGUCCGGCCUGCUCAUUGGUAUUGGGGAAACACGAGAAGAACGUUUGCAGGCUCUGCUUGCUCUCCGCAACUUGCAUAAGCAGUAUGGACAUAUUCAGGAACUCAUCAUCCAAAACUUCCGCGCAAAGAAGGGCACUGCUAUGGCUAAAGCGGCUGAGCCUCCGCUGGUAGAGCUGGAGUGGACAAUUGCAAUGGCUCGAUUGGUGUUCGGAACAUCGAUGAGUAUACAAGCACCUCCUAAUCUUACUCCCACCAUGACCGAUGGAAAAGAGUGGAAGAGGCUUAUUGACGCAGGCAUUAAUGAUUGGGGCGGCAUUUCACCAGUCACAAAAGAUUGGGUUAAUCCUGAGAUCAAUUUUCCUAUGUUUUUCGAAUCACUUGAGAUCCUAUUGCAGGCCCCUUGGCCGCACGUAAAUCUACUUGCAGCUGCAACAGCAGAUGCAGGGAGGCUGAUGGUGCCAAGGCUAGCCGUAUAUCCUUUUUACAUCAACGAUCUAUGGCUGGAUCCUACAGUCCUAAGGAGAGUUCUUGCUCAUGAGAAUAGCCUUGGGUACGCCAGAGCCGAAGAAUGGUCUCCAGGCCUAGCCCAAGAUGCACACUCCUCCUUUUUAGAAGAUAAGUUGUCUAACUUAAAUGGGGGCAGCACUGGCAACCACUUUGAUAGCGUGACAAAUCCUGCAAAGAUAUCGGUGGGGACCGAUGGCACAAUGCAUCCCACAAGAGCAAUUGGAUUUCAAGGAAUGGAUGUAAAGAGAAUUCUGAAGAAAAUUGAAGAAGCUGUCGAGCCAUCCGAGGUGGAAGUUACAAGAUUGUUUCGUGCUAUGGGUCCUGAGUUUCAUGACGUUGUCAAAGCAGCAGAUGAGUUACGAGCGAGGGUCAACGGAGAAAAAGUUUCGUAUGUCGUCAAUCGGAAUAUCAAUUACACAAACGUUUGUGGAUAUAAGUGUCAAUUUUGCGCCUUCAGCAAGGGUAAGCUCAGUGAAAACCUGCGUGGAAAGCCUUACAGCUUAUCUCUGGAUGAAGUAUCCCGUAGAGCUGUAGAGGCCUGGGAAAGAGGUGCCACCGAAGUUUGUAUGCAGGGGGGAAUACAUCCUGAAUUCACUGGGGAAACUUACAUGGAGAUACUGAAAGCAGUAAAGACAGCUGCUCCAGAACUGCACGUCCAUGCCUUUUCUCCUCUCGAGGUUUUUCAAGGAGCUUUUACCCUUGGUGUCAGUGUAGAGGAGUUUUUAGUAGAGUUGAAGAAUGCUGGCCUUGGUUCACUGCCAGGCACAGCGGCUGAGGUAUUGGAUGAUGAAGUUCGAAGGCUAUUGUGCCCAGACAAAAUUAGUACAGACCAAUGGCUCGAGGUUAUGGAAACAGCACAUAGGAUAGGACUCCGUACUACGUCGACCAUCAUGUUCGGUCACCUUGAUCGAUCUCAGCAUUGGGCAAGACAUUUGCUGCGUCUAAGGAAUCUAGCAAGGAAUACAGGUGGCUUCUCAGAGUUUGUGCCCCUUCCCUUUGUGCACAUGCAGGCUCCAAUAUACUUAAAAGGCCGCGCUCGAAAGGGGCCUACAAGUCGAGAGUGUGUACUGAUGCAUUCCAUAGCUCGACUAGUCUUGCAUCCCUUUAUCACCAAUGUUCAGGCCUCCUGGGUCAAGAUGGGACCAGGUGGAGCUCAAGCUCUUCUAGCAGCAGGCUGUAAUGACAUGGGAGGUUCCCUCAUGAAUGAGAGUAUCACUAGAGCUGCUGGAGCAUCACAUGGUGAAGAGCUUUCCCCGAAAGAGAUGGAAACGUUGAUUUUAUCCACUGGGAAGGUACCUUAUCAACGCACAACUCUGUAUGGAGAUGCCCCCGCGCAGCAAAGGAUUCGAGCUUUCUCAGCUCGUCCACUUACAUGAAGUAUCUUAUCAAAAACUGGUUUCAGCAGUGGACAGAAGAAUGGGGCAUCCAUCCAUGAGAUCCUUGGACAGCCUUCUUGACAGUUGAGAGUUGAGUGUAAUAUUGGUACCAAAUAAUAUCAUCGCGAACAAAAUGAGAUGAAUGGCACAAAGUGGCAAAUGAAGCUUCCUGUGCAUAUCGAUGUGGUAAGUAAUUUUCAGCUGUGGCUGUCAAGAAGUCCAUACGGUCCAGGUGAGAAUGAUGUUGCAUUAAGGGUGCCGAAGCCUAGAAUCUUACUGGUUUGUUUUCCAAUGUUCUCCAUUUGUGAAGAUGGCAGCAUAUGAAAAGAAUUUUUUUGAGUCCCACAAAGUUGCAUCAAGAAUCCUACAUGCUGUCAUAUGUCACUUUUAUUUUUUUAGACUGCCAAAUGCGAACAGUGAUAACUCCAUGGAAUUUAAGAAAUCUCGGUACAUGAUGUACAGCUCAUUCCAAAAUA